AUGGCCGAGUUAGUGGCUGUAGAAGGCAAAGAGAUCGAGACACACUACGUCCUAGCACGAGAGAGCCUUCGACGCUGGAAUUUUACAUCCAAAUGCUACUUGCUCGUAGAGAACUUGCCAACGCCUUUGCAGGCUGGAGGUAUCGCCAGUGCGAGCGUGUGGUCUUCGUGCGGUUGCCGGCAACGAUUACUUGCGGCUGUGACUAGUGGUGGUCGUGCUGUGCACUGGGCUGCAGUGCCUGCUCCAGUACCAGCCAACCAAAGCGAUCUUUGUCGUUUUAACUAUACGUGA